UGAAGAAUUGUGAUGAAAAUAUGAAUGGAAUAAUAAAAUGGCCUCCCAAAAGUAUGGAAGCAGGACUUUUAGUUCGUAAGGAGAAAGACUCAGAGAACUAUUGGAAAGAAUACCCUAUUCAUAUCAAGGGAUAUUAUGAUGCCUAUUUGAAGGCUUGUCAGGUAUGCAACGAGUACAUUAAAGAUUCAAAUUAUGAAUCUGAAAUAGAAUUAGGGCGAGGAUUCCGGAAAAAAAGAAAAGUAACAAGACUAGACUCAGAUUCAGACUCGAAAUCUAAUGACGAAAGCGAUAAAAAAAAAAAGAAACAUAAGCUUGAAGAUAAAAUACGUUCACCUCCUGAGAUACUAUUAUCCGAUAGCAAUGUGCUUUUAACAUGUAAAAAUUCACAGAAUUAUCCAAAAUACUCAAUAUCUAAGCAGCGUCCUAAAAAAACACAAGUUAAUAUUGUUUCGCAUGAAAAGGAUUUAUCAUAUAAUUGUGAACAAAAUAAAAUUUCUGACUCAGCCUCUAAUUCAAAUGCGUCUGAUAAAAAUUCUGAACUCCUUGGGAAAUUGGAACAAGCGAGAAACUUUAAGAAACAGAUAUUUCACAAAAAAACAAUUCUAGACAGAAAGAAUCAUUCCUCAUCACACAAUAUAGAUAGAAAAAAUCAGAAAGAGGAUUCUGAAUCGGACAAUGAACAAAAUAGAUCUGUUCUACAAGAUGUACCAUCUAAUUCAGAUUCAUACGAAGAUAUACAAGAAGAGAAAAGGAAUUGUGAGGAUUUAUCCUAUGAUUGUGAAUCCACCUGUGAACAAAAUAAAAUUUCUGACUCAGCCUCCAAUUCAAAUGCAUCUGAUAAAAAUUUUAAACUCAUUGGGAAAUUGGAACAAGUGAGAAACGUUAAGAAACAGAUAUUUCAUAAAAAAACAAUUCUAGACAGAAAGAAUCAUUUCUUACACAAUAUAGAUAGAAAAAACCAGAAAGAGGAUUCUGAAUCAGAAAAUGAACAAAAUAGAUCUGUUCUACAAGAUGUCUCAUCUAAUUCAGAUUCAUAUGAAGAUAUACAAGAAGAGAAAAAGAAUUGUGAGGAUUUAUCCUAUGAUAGCGAAUUCACCUGUGAACAAAAUAAAAUCUCUAUUGAAACAGUCUCUGAUUCAGGUUUAUCUGAUAAAAAUUUUGAACUUAUUCGAAAACUGGAAGAAGUAAAAAAUCUUAAAAAACAGACACCUGAUAAAAAGAUAACAAGUCUAGAUAAAAAGAAUCAUUCCUCACACAAUAUAGAUGAAAAAAGCCAGAGAGAAUAUUCUAAACGAAACAAUGAACUAAAUAGAUCUGUCAUACAAGAUGUCCCGUCUCAUUCACGUUCAUACCAGGAUUUGCAAAGAAAUAAAAAGAGGAAAGUUUAUGAUCUAACACAACAGAGCAAGAAAAAAUUUCCAAAGGAGAGUUCUUCGACAACAACAAAUAAAUCAAUUUCUUAUAAUAGCACAAGCUAUAUCACACCUGUUGAAAAAGAAAUUAUCAUCCAGAAUUCAUCAAGUUCUUUGAAUACUAUGCUACGUUCUGAUUCACUUGAUACUACAUUCAGCAAGUCCUCUUCAUAUUUACAAAGCUACGAUCUUGUACAAAAAGAAGACAGUCAUUGUCGUUCUCCCAUUUAUAAAUCUACGAAUACUGAAUACUCUUUGUCAAGAGAACAUUCUAUUUCAGACAACUCUGCACAAUCUAUUUGCAAAGAGCUGACCUUAUUACAAACAAUCAUCAUGGAAUGCAAGAAAGAGAUUAGAAAAGUGAGCAGUAAACUAGAUAUAUCUCUCAUGAACCAAGAAAAUCUGUGCCGCAUCAUUAUUCCAGGAGGAAAAGUUAUAAAGCGUCCUAGUGCGAUGCCUCCAUUGCCUAUUAAUACUCUUGAAGAUUUGAAUAAGAUGGAGAAAUUCUUAGCUAAUGAUUACAAUCUGACUGGGGCAUGUUCCUAUCUUGGUAAAAAUAUAGAUAAAGCAAGUGUGGGAAAUUCGGUUAGAAAAAUAUUGGCAAAACUUGUGACAAAUACUCUGGCAACUAAAUAUAGUAUGCAAGGUCACGGGAACAAGAAACGUUUUGAUGCUUUGAAAUUAUGGGAUCUUGUUCAAGGAGCUCUUUUAACCCAAUUUGAAAUCAGCGAUAUUUCUGUAGCGGAGAAAAGCGCUGCAAUGUGGCUGACUAACAGCUCAUGGAGAAAACAGGAGGAUGGUUCUUUUGGAAAAAGGACUUCAAAAGAGAAAAAGAAGAAGUCAACAUAA